AUGGAUAACAAUAUUGAAGGUUCAUCAAAUUUAUCAUCUUCAAGCUCUGAUGAUGAUAACUAUGCAGAAAGUUUUAGUGCAAGGCAACAAUUGAUCGCUCAGGUGAUUUCUACCAAUAAUCAAAUUGUCUUAAAUUAUCUCAAUGAAGGAAGCAAUCAAAGCAGGCAUCGAGACUCAAUUCCUGGUCAUAAGAUGAUCAAUCAUAAUCGUGAAGCUGCUGAUCGUAAUCUAUUCAAUGAUUAUUUCGCCGAAAAUGCAUUGUAUAAUGAUGCAAUUAGAAGAGAUGGGCUUGGAAGACUUGGUUUGUCAAGCUUGCAAAAAAUAACAACUGCAUUUCGGAUAUUAGCAUACGGUGUACCUGUAGAUGCUGCUGAUGAGUACAUUAAAAUAAGGGAAUCAACUGCUAUUGAAAGUGUGAAACGAUUUUGUCAUGAUGUGGUUGUAGUUUUUGGAGGGCAGUACCUACGAUCUCCAAAUGCUCACGAUGUUGCUAGGUUACUUCAUAUUGGUGAGCUACAAGGUUUUCCAGGUAUUACAAUUCCUGCUCAUUAUGUCAUUCAAGGAAAAGAGUACAAUAUGAGUUAUUAUUUAGCUGAUGGUAUAUAUCCAAAAUGGUCAACACUUGUUCAAACGAUUCAUGCUCCACAAGGUCGAAAGAAUAAAUUAUUUGCAAUGAAGCAAGAAGCGUGUAGAAAGGAUCUUGAGCGAGCAUUUGCCGUGCUCCAAUCACGCUUUGCAAUUGUUGCAGGACCUUCACGUUUUUGGCAGAAAAAUAUUUUACAUGAUAUACUGACAUCAUGUAUUAUUAUGUAUAAUAUGAUAAUUGAAGAUGGACGUGAUUUAAAUGCACCAAUCGUGGAAUACUUUGAGGUGCCGACUCCAGAUGUUGAGCUCGCAGUAGAUGAUGGUACUCGAUUUGAAGAGUUUCUAGCUCGAUAUAGACAAAUCAAAGACAAAGAAGCUCAUAUUGCCCUUUGA